AUGGGGAAGGAACCAAAGAAUCUUAAUUCUUUUCUAGAGCCCCUCGUCGAAGAAUCGAAAGCACUGUGGAAAGGAGUUCGAUUAGUAUCAAGUCUGAGCACAAUACCACUUGUAUUUAAAGUAGCAUUGUUGUGCACUUCCUCAGAUAUACCAGCAUCAAGAAAGCUCUGUGGGUUUAAAGGCCAUCGUGCAGAAUUGGGAUGCUCACGCUGUCUCAAAAAGUUUCCAGGUAGUUUUGGUGAAAAGUGGAAUUAUCAGGAUUUGAUGAAGAAAAUUGGCAAAAGCGUAAGAAUAACGAGCACAGACGUCAGGCAAGCAGGAUAUCACAAUGUAAGACAAAGAAAGAUGGUGAGAAGUUGUCAAGAAACUAUGGCAUCAACUACUACAGCGAACUGUUAA